AUCACUCUCUGAAAGGAAGUAGGUGGUACUUGUUUUUGGUAGUAAUGCAAACUAAAUUCCACAAGGUGAGAUCUUGAGGUUUCUAUUUUUCUAUUUGUAGAUAAGAUUGAACAAGUUAACAAAACACAUACUGUUUUUGUUCUAUUUUUAUUAUUUAUUAUGAAGAUCCCUGGACUAUGUUUUUCAAUCCAACAUCAGGAAUAGCCAUCAGGAUUUUUUACUAAUUUGUCUGAAAGUUAAGAUUUUUGCCACUGACUAUUUUAAACUUUUUUUUUUUUUUUUUUUUUUUUUUUUUUUAAAAGAACAAUGCCUGUAAUAGUACUGGAAGCUCGAGAUUUCACUAGCCCAUUCUUUUUGAUCCGGACAUGGAUAAUCUUCUCUACCUGUACCACGUUCAGUCUGGUUGCCUCUUUGGAUUCAGUGGAUUUAAACAAGAACCCAUCUCACCUCCUGACAUUUAAGACUUUUUGCAUGUUUAUUUGGUGUUUCUUUUUCUCCCUCACCCUAUUCAUCAAUAUUCUGACCACGAUUCAAUUCCACAGUCUCUUGCCAAUAUCAUGGAAGAAUUUUACAGUUACUGUCGCUGUUCUGGGAGCCUUGAUGUCCUUAAGUGCUGCUGUAAUUCACCCAUGGCUUAUAAUGGAUAACCAAACACCAACACCUCGCGCCACAGCAGCUGCCGUAACUUCCUGUCUCACAUUUUUGGGGUACGGAUUUGAAUCAUGCAUGCUUCAGCGCCAAACACAUGACCAAAGGGGGUACAUGGGGAGCAAACCUGGCCUGCUCAAGACUGUCCAAGUGUGGGGAGGGUGUCAGAUGAUUCCCCUGAUUGUGGAGGCCAUUCAUGACAUGCCCAGUGAAAUCCAUGGCUGGCAACUCUGGGUGUCUGUAGCUUCCUAUACCACCUGCCUGGCUAUGUCUCUAAUAACACUAUUGGUGAUUCUGGGUGACUUUGCAGCUCAGUGUUGUCUGCCUUUUGAUAGAUUUCUGGCUGGGUUUAGUUUUAUGGGAGUGUUCCUUUACAUGGUGGCUGCUGUAAUCUGUUUUACAAAGUUAUUGCAACUCAAAGACCCGCAACACAACCUACCACAACGCAUUGUGGAGUUGUUUAUUAUGGAGACAGUGGUUGCAAGUAUUACUUUGUUAGCCUAUACUGUAGAUCUUGCCUUUUCUAUAAAACUGUUAUGUGAUAGAGGUCACUGAUGAACAAUAAACAAAACUGUACUGAACAAAUGGUCCAAAUAACCUUUGUUAAAAAAAACAAAAAAAGAAAAGAAUGAUUUGUAAUGUGACCAUUAUAAAGAAAUAAUGAAACUACUAGAGAUUACAAAUCACGUAAUAAAACUGUGUAAAG